UCCACCACGUCCACGCUAUUCGGUGCUACAUUGCUGGUUCAGUCGUUUUUCCACCGGUCACUUCUUUCCUCUGGUGAACUAUUACAGAUUUACAGGCACGAGUCGUCCUCCAGCUGUUCGACGAAAUGCCUGAGAAAUGGUCUCACACAUCGCGGCCUUGAACCUUUUCCUUCCAUCCUCACAGUCGAAUGCCCCAUUCGUCCCCUCACUUGUUUUUGUGUUUAGGCCAGUGUUAAUGGUUCAUUGCCUCCCAAAAUUUAAAACUUUUACCCUUGAGGCGGCGAAAGGGAUGGGUGUAUACGGGAUUCUUGAGCUGAGGAGGACUGGGAGGAGCAGGAGGAAGAGGAGAAGUGAGGGCUGUGAUUGGUGUUGCUGUGCUGGAGGGUUGGCGAGCGAAGGGGACGCUGAGCUGGAGGCGAGGAUUUUGGAGUUCAUGGAGAAAUCCGAAAAGCCCGCGACGUUUCCGUCUAGGAAAGAGUUGGAGAAAGCGGGGAGGUUCGAUUUGGCUGAUGCUAUUAGCGAGAGAGGAGGGUGGUUUACGCUUGGUUGGAAUUCAGGGGAUGAGGAGAAGGUAGAUAAAGAAGCCGAAACAUUGGACUUUGAUUUUGAAAUUGAGAAGCUUCGAAAGAGACUGGCGAGUUGUCAAGAGACUACAACUAUUGAGAACAAUGAAGUAGUGCCUUCUCAAGAGACUGCAGCUUUUGAAAACACUGAAAUGGAGUAUUCUGAGUUUGAAAACAAUGAAGUGGAGUCAACUGGUUUUCAUGAUUCUUCUGAAAGUGCAUCUCAGCCAGCUUCUUCGUCCGGUAGAUUAUUAGAAACUGAAGCUGAGGAAGGUGGUGGGAUUGAGGGGAUAUUAAGUCGCUUAGAGAAAGAGAGAAAUUCGUCCCUUGGUAUCAAUAUUGGAAAUUAUAGAAAUGGAAGCCAUGGUUCGAGCAGGGACAACCAGAGUGAUAGGAACCCUGUAUCCACUGGUUCUGACAGGAUUGACCUUGGAAUGAUCAAUAGCCCCAGGGAAAUUAGACCAGAUUCAUGGAGAACGUGGAAUCUGCAACGUGCUGGCACUCAGGAUAUAGAAUUUGAAGCAGCUGAGAUUGCUUUUAGUCAAAAUAGAGAAGGUGAAAGAAAUGCUUCAAUGGAUGACAUAGAUCUUCUGGCAGAAAGUGCUACUGAUGAUUUGCAUAGGCAAAAUGGUAACAAUCACAACAACAUAAGAACUCGCCUAAUGCACCUAGAAGUUGAGCUUGCUUCAGCUCUUCAGUUGUUGAGGUCCAAAAGUGAAGAGUACAUUUCAAGAGAGGUUACUAAAAGUGAUCUGGAAAAGCUUUCUGAUGCAUGGGAAUUCCAGGAGAAUGAGUUCAUUAAUGCUCACGAGAGAUUGCGGUCAAUACGUGCAAAGCUAGCUGUAAUCGAGGGCAAAAUGACACUAGCAAUAAUUGAUGCACAAAAGAUGCUGGAAGAAAAGCAGAAAAGGAUUGAUGGUGCUCAUAAAGCUUUGCAACUUCUUCAUAAUGCCCAUAUUGUUUGGCCUAACCCUGCUUCAGAAGUUCUUCUAACAGGUUCCUUUGAUGGUUGGGCAACACAGAGGAAGAUGGAGAAAUUGAGUACAGGUGUUUUUUCUUUGCGCUUGAAGUUGUAUCCAGGCAGAUAUGAGAUCAAGUUCAUUGUUGACGGUGAAUGGAGGAUUGAUCCUCUACGCCCCAUUGUUCAGAAUAACGGGUAUGAAAACAAUCUAAUUAUCAUCACAUCAAAAUAAAACCAACCCGGCAUUGCUAGACUCUCACAAGCUCGUGCAACUAAUAUUUCAUCGUCUUAACCAGAACUCGACCUUAGUAGGUAGUUAAAUUCUAUUCUUUUCUUUUCUUUUCUGAUGAUGAUGUUUUAAUUCCUGAUAUAUAGCUUCCUUUAUAAAAUUUUGUAGCACCCAUUUAACAGAGUAAUGUUUGUUCCCCAGUGACACAAAACCAAACAUUUUAUGAUUCAAUCUAUCAUUUGUUUUUUGCCAUGAAA